UCACAUUUUUAGCAUUCCCCUAUUUCCUUAACCUCCUACUGUUCUAUCCCUACUCUCCAUAACUUCUGCUAGCAUCUGUCGUCUGCGGCCUUCAUAUACAGCCUGGUUCAUUGGUCCUGGCCUCCAUCUUCGUGGCGGCAUCAUCUCUUCCGCAUACCGCAUCAUUACUCCUGUUCACAAUCAAUAAAGAAUGGGCAAACGAUUUAAGAGGACUCGAGGCGCUGAGGAUAACACUAGAAGAAAUAGUGGUAUAGGUAAUGCCUUGAGUGAUAAUGAAGACACAUCAAUGGACGAUGAUGAUGUCUCUGAUGCAGAGACUGGAUUAAGAGAAGACAAUGCCAAUGGUCUCAUCAGUUCAUCCUUAAGUCAAAGUACCUUUGGAGUUCAUAUAGCCCAAAAGUUGUCUUCUAAAUACAUUGAAAAGUUAUUGAAACGAAAAUGGAAGUAUAAGUGGAAUAAACCUGUUUCAUACUCUAGCAAUUGCAUAUGGAUGGGCACUGGGGAUUGUUUACCGGAGGAUUCCAUUGCCGCCGCUCCUUACGGACUCAAAUUGAAGUUGUACAAGCACUGGUUAGAUGUCUACAAUGCAUCUGGGGGAAAAGAUUUUCAGUCCUCGAAGCAAAGAUUAUUUUUCUCCCUUUGUAAUAGUUAUAGAGAUAUACUCCAUUACAACAAAAAACCCUUCUACUAUAAGGGUUCAGAUGAAGACUCAAGUAUAAUGGAUGCGUAUAUAAUGCAUUCGCUUAAUCAUGUUUUCAGAACCAGGGAUCUUAUCACAAAAAAUGAUGCAAAACUAUCCAAGCACCGGGAAACUGCUAGGGAAGAAGUCAUGACUAGUGACAGUUUCCUUGAUCAAGGAUUUACUCGCCCAAAAGUGCUUAUUCUCUUACCACUAGCAAGCAUUGCUCUCAGAUUUGUUAGGAGACUAAUUCAGUUGACGCCAUCAGCAAAUAAGGUCAAUGUGGAGUAUAUGGAUCGGUUCAAUAAGGAGUUUGAUGCUGAAAAGGCUGAGGAUGAUGUUGAGGCUAUGGAUUCAAAGUUUAAGAAGCCUUCAAAACCAUCUGACUAUGAGACUCUUUUUGGUGGUAAUAAUGAUGACCACUUCAUGGUUGGGAUAAAGUUUACUAGGAAGAGUAUACGGUUGUACAGUGAUUUUUAUUCUUCAGACAUGAUCGUUUCUUCACCUCUCGGCUUGAUCACUAAAAUUGGGGAAGCCGAGGCCAACAAGGAAAAAGAUGUUGAUUAUCUCUCUUCAAUAGAGAUUCUAAUUGUAGAUCAUGCAGAUGUAAUCUCUAUGCAGAACUGGUCCCAUGUCAAUACUGUUGUUGAGCACCUCAAUCUCUUGCCUUCUAAACAACAUGGAGGUGAUAUAAUGCGUAUCAGACAAUGGUACCUGGAUUCUCAAGCACAAUUUUAUCGACAAUCAAUAAUAUUAAGUUCAUAUUUAAAUCCAGACAUAAAUGCUUUGUUCAAUCGUCAUUGUCUUAACUUGGAAGGGAAGUUGAAAUUGUCUUGUGAAUACAAAGGUGUAUUGCCAAAAGUUAUUCUGCAAGUGAGGCAGGUUUAUGAGCGCUUCAAUUCUGAUUCCAUAGUUGAAGCUGAUGACACUCGUUUGGACUUCUUUGUCAAAAAGGUAUUUCCAAAGAUAAAAGAUUCCAUUCAGGGAGGAAUAAUGUUAUUUAUAUCAUCUUACUUUGAAUUUGUCCGCAUCCGCAAUUUCCUGAAGUCACAAAAUGCUUCUUUCUGCCUGCUGAGCGAGUAUACAAAGCAAAGUGACAUUUCACGGGCAAGAAAUUGGUUUAAUGAGGGACAACGAAAAAUAAUGCUUUACACAGAGAGAGCACACUUCUAUCACCGUUACAAGAUUCGAGGCAUCCAGAAUUUAAUCAUUUAUUCUCUUCCAGAGAGGAAGGAAUUUUAUCCUGAGGUUCUUAAUAUGCUUGAUGGGUCUCAUAACAUGACUUCUACUGUGCUCUUUUCGCGAUUUGAUCAGCUACGGCUUGAGCGAAUCGUUGGAAGUGCUGCAGCCAAGAGGAUGAUAUCAUCAGAGAAGGACCUGUUUAUUUUUAAAUGAGAUAGCGUCUAAGACUUGUGUGUGUGAUAAGCUGAUGAGUGCACUUAGAGGUUCUUCGUUUCUGGUUUACUGAAUUUUGAUAGAUUGGUUAUUGGCAUCUUUUUCAUCCAGUAAACAUGAGGCCUGUUUUUGCUCACCAAUUUUACUAGAUGCUGCAGAUAUUAGGUUAUGCAAGAAAGUUUGAGCAGAAAUGUUCCCUUAGAAUUUUACAUAUAUAUAUAUAUAUAUAUAUAUAUAUAUAUAUAUAUAUAUUGAUAGUUGUAAUUUGUUUUUCUAAUCCUAGUAAGUUGGGAUUGGAAUUUUAUGUUGUUUUCCUCUUAUUUUGUGCUAGAAAUUAAAAUUAAUGUAUUUUUUAUACAUUAAUUUAAACAGUUUUGGUUGAGUUGUGAAUAUUUAUACAUUAUUUUUUAUUGGAGUUUUGGUUUGCAUAUUUAUCAAGUAAAAGCGUCAUGUCGAAACCAAAGUGCAUAACAUAUUCAUCCCUUUUGCACUAUCACACACACUAGAUCCACUCAUCUAAGUAACUACCUUGGUUGCUUCAUAGUAUAAAAUCUAUCAACUCAAGGACUUAGCCAAAAUCAUAAAGCUCGGAAGAUAUGAUCUAAAUCGAAAAUAAUAUAUUAAAAAAAUCAAAAGAUUGAAUCAUUUAUAAAUUAUAACCGUAAAAUUUAGAUCAAUUUAGAUCAUUUAUAAAUUAUAAUCGUGAUAAUAUUUAGAGUUAUAGCUGCGCAAUUCAACAAGUAAAGUGAUAGCAUUGUGACCAUGUAAUUAAAAUUCAGUCAUUGUCAUUGACAAAUGAAAUAACAUGUUGACCCUU